AUGUUCAGCUCGCUCUUCUCCAGUCUCUCACUCUCCACAUCGACGUCGACAUCGUCUGCUGCAAUAGACGCAGAGAAGACGAAUAAGGACGCCGACACGAUCAGCAUUGACCUGGACACGGAUUUAGAUCAGGAUCGAGCGGGGAGUAAAGACGUUAAGGAUAAAGAGACGGUUAAAGUGGAGAGUGUGGCUAUGGAAAACAACAGCACCAGUGUAGUGCUGCCGUUGUUGCCGCCGAUUGUGAUGGAGCCGUCUUCGGAACUUGGGUUAGGACUGGGGUUUGAGGAGGGCGCUGUGUUGGUUUCGUCUACGUCUACGCCGUCCUCCAUGCCGUCACCUUCAUUGCCUCCCUCAUCUCAGUCCACUGAUGCUCCCCCGACAACAAUCCCCUCUUACACAUCCCGCUUUGGACCUUCGAACUCCCCACCUGCCGCGCAGCAGCCAUACGAACCAGCGGAAGCUCUGGGGGACAUUGACGCUGUGUCGUACGCGCUUGAGCUAUUCCUGCUGAGCCGGAUGCGGGAGAGUGAGGGCUAUUUGGUUGAGUUGGAAGGCGGGGGUGAUAAAGGAAAGGAAGGAAGUGGUGGUGGAGAGGGGAAUGGAAUGGAGAGGCUGUAUGUCGCAACUGGUUAUGGGCUAAUUCAGUGUGUGAAGGGUUUAAUGAGCUAUGAUGAUGCUGACCUCCUCGCGGGGAUCGCGCACACUAAACACGGGAACCACAUCGCAGGUCAGCACCGUAAGCGUGCUGGGUUUCUCGGCGGCGGGGCACGUCUUGCUGGGUACGUCGUAUCAUCGUUCUCCUCGGCUCUAUCGCCUACUUCGCCCACCUCGCACCCUACCUCGCCAAAUUCACCUUCGGCUACGACGAGCGCGGGUGCACCCCAUGCAAGUGCCAGCACAGUGCAAUGGAUCAAGAGCAUGACGGACGUCGAGCGCCAUGCCGAGUUAGUGUACGCGGAGAGUUUAUUUGAGAAGGCUUUAUUGGGGAUUGUGUACAGCGGGGACUGGCUCGCGUUUAUCAAGGAGGCGCUCAAUAUGCGAACCACGAUCUCGAUAUACCGCCAGCUGGGCGCGUACUUGGAUCACAUGGAUGCAGUGUAUGCCGCGUCGCAGGCUUCUCCGCCAUCCCCCUCUUCCAAACGCCUCGAAGACCCAUCUAUUGACGUGCAUUUCCGGUCGGGCGUCCUCCUGGGCGUGGGGAUGUGCAACAUCAUCUUGAGCUUGAUGCCGGGCAAGCUCGCGGCGCUCGUCGAACUGUUUGGUUACAAAGGCGAUAGACAGUAUGGACUUGAGUGUUUGAUGCGUGCGGGUGGGUGGGGAGAUACCGACAGGGAUGGGGAUGAGCCAGGUAUAUCGGCUGCGGACGAAGGCGUGCGUCGCUCGAUAUGCGAUAUGUGUCUGUUAAUUUUCCACUUGGUGCUGUCCAGCUUUACGUUUGAGGGCGUCGACAUCGCUGUUGCGAGUCGCGUGCUCAAGUGGAAUCUGAAGCGGUAUCCGAACGGUGUGUUCUUCCUCUUCGGUGCGGGCCGCCUCGCACUUGUGCGCUCCCGCCCGGCUGACGCGAUCGACUAUUACACCCGCGCGAUGCACGCGCAGACGCAGUACCGCAACCUGCACCAUAUCAGUUACUGGGAGAUGGCGAUCGCACAUCUGGCGCUCUGGGAUGUGAAGAGAAGUUUGGAGUGUUGGAGGGAGCUUGAGAGGGAGGCGACUUGGUCCAAAGCUAUUUACUCGUACGGGAUGGCCGUCUGUUUGCUCGAGUAUCCGACUGCCGACCCGAAGGAAAGGGAGAAGAACAAGAAAGAAGCAGUCGCUCUCAUGGAAAAGGUUCCUAGCCUCAGGCAGAAAAUCGCGGGGAAGAGUAUUCCGCUUGAAAAACUCGUUGCCCGGAAAGCACGCAAAUUCCUCUCGCAGAAAAAUCGCCUGGCGGUGCCUGCACUUGAGAUGGCUUACGUCUUCCAGGGUAUCGCGCAUGCCCCGCGCCGCGUCAUCUGGACGCAGAUGGUGCAGGAGGUUAAAGGGUUGCUCGAGGCGUGUGGGUGGAUUGAUGGAUGCUUGUCUCCUGGUGCCAGUACCGACACUGGAUUGAAAGAGGCAAAGAAAAGGAAGGAGAUUGAGAAAGCGUAUUCAAAGACCCAUGGCGGCGGGUAUUGGGACGAUGUCUGCCUCGGCAUAUUUUUACGGGGCGUGUGCAUGCGGUAUAUCGCGUAUCCGGACCCCGACGCCGAUCUCGACCCCAACGAAGACACAAAGAUACAAGGCAUGCUGGACACUGAAACCGCCGCGCGCGAAGCCGAAGCCUCCUUCCGCCUCGUCUUUACACAUGGCCCACAGAUUGAGCUGGAUCACCAGCUGGUGUACCACGCGCACUACGAGCUCGCGCGGCUGUUCACGGCGCAGGGGCGGGUAGCGGAGGCGAGACAUGAGCUUGAGCUUGUGUUGUCGGGCAAGCAUCUGGAGGUCGGUCCUGCGGGGAAGAAGGCCAGGGGACGGUAUAGUAUGGAGAAUGCUCUGGUCAUGAGAUCUGGAGCGGCGUUGGAUUGUUUGGGUCCGGAGCGAGGGGACUAA